AUGGAAGUUUGUGUUGACAAUUUGGAAUCUGCUAUUAACGCCGAAAAGGGAGGAGCGAUGAAAUUAGAAUUAUGCUCUACAAAUAAUGAUGGUGGUUUAACACCAUCUUUAGGACUUCUGAGAAUAAUUAAGAAAAAUGUUAAUAUUCCUGUUAUUGUCAUGAUUCGCCCAAGAACAGGUGAUUAUAUUUAUUCAGAUGAGGAGAUAGAAAUAAUGUCAGAAGAUAUUAAAAUUUAUAAAGAGCACGGCGCCGAUGGUUUUGUUUUUGGAAUUGUUACUCCUGAGGGUAAAGUUGAUGUCAAAAACUGUUCAAAAUUAAUUGAACAGGCAGGAAAUCUCCCAGUUACUUUUAGCAGAGCCUUUGACAUUAUUAAAGAGCCAUUAGAAAGAAUGGAGGAAAUUAUCUCACUUGGAUUUGAAAGAAUAUUGACUAGUGGUCUUCAAGAAACUGCUUGUCAGGGAAUUCCUCUGCUAAAACAGCUAAUGGAAGCAUCAAAGGACAGAAUUGUUGUUAUGCCUGGAGCUGUUCAUUUCUUCAUCAUGGAAGUUUGUGUUGACAAUUUGGAAUCUGCUGUAAAUGCUGAGCUGGGAGGAGCUAUGAGAUUGGAAUUGUGUUCUGCCUUAAAUGAUGGUGGUUUAACACCUUCAAUUGGAUUCUUAAAAAUAGUUAAGAAAAAAGUUAAAAUUCCUGUUUUUGUCAUGAUACGUCCUAGGCCUGGAGAUUUUAUUUACUCUGACGAUGAGAUAGAAAUAAUGUCAGAAGAUAUAAAAAUUUUGAAAGAAUGUGGUGCUGAUGGUUUUGUUUUUGGUAUUACUACAUCUGAGGGAGAAGUUGACAUUAAAAACUGUUCAAAACUAAUGAAGUUAGCACGAAGUCAUCCUGUCACUUAUCAUAGAGCAUUUGAUGGAGUUAAAGAUCCCUUGAAGAGCAUGGAGGAAAUUAUUUCACUAGGAUUCCAAAGAAUCUUAACUAGUGGUCUUCAAGGUAGCGCUAUUCAGGGAGCUUCUCUUCUUAGGCAACUAAUUGAAUCAUCAAGAGGCAGAAUUAUUAUAAUGCCAGGAGCUGGUAUCAAUCCUGAAAAUCUUCAUAUUAUACUGAAGGUAACUUAA